AUGUACGAAGGGAUUGACAACUUGAAAUCCCUUUACGACCGUGCCGGGAAGACUUUCUCCGGCGGUCCUUCUGCGGCACAGGAUGUGCCGCGUCGUACUGCUCAACCAGACCCAGUACGUCGAUCAUCAGUUGGGAGCGGGGCUCCCGAGAAUCCCAGGACGGGGGAUAGCCGCGCCACCGGACGAGAUAACUCGUCCGACGUCCGUUCAUGUCGCGGUGUUUCAACAGCUGCUCAACUAGAUAGCGCUGGCCACCGCGAGAGUUCUCUAAUGGAGGUGGAGGAGGAGGAAAGACGCUCUCCACACGAUCAUGUGGAUCGGUGUGUUCCCGAGAGCUUCUUUGAUCGCGUAAAGCAAGGGUUACGCGACGAUCUCGAACAUGAGCGGGACAGGCGUCUCCAAAUGGCGGACACUGUCUUGAAGCAUUGA